AUGUUUUGUGCUGAAAAACACAGUAUAGAGUCUGCUAUUCAUGGACAGUCACCAUUCAUUGCAUCUAGCUCACCUCGCAACAUGAUCUCUAACAAGUCGCUCAUCCUCCUUGGAGUGUUUAUAGUUUCUUUCGUCACAGGUUCCCACUGGGAUACCCACGAGGAGGAACAUUAUGACUCCCACCCUCAUUACAAGUUCGAAUAUAGGGUUCACGACCCACACACCCACGACAUCAAGAGCCAGGAGGAGUCCAGAGAUGGUGACUACGUCAAAGGAUAUUACAAGCUGAAGGAGUCCGACGGCUCGGUCCGAGAGGUACACUACACAGCCGACAAACACAGAGAGGAAGAACACUAUGAUUCACAUCCCCAAUACAAGUUCGAAUACAGCGUUCACGACCCACACACCCACGACAUCAAGAGCCAGGAGGAGUCGAGAGAUGGUGACUACGUCAAAGGAUAUUACAAGCUGAAGGAGUCCGACGGCUCGGUCCGAGAGGUACACUACACAGCCGACCAACACAGCGGCUUCAACGCCAAAGUCACCAAGAACGGACUGCCGCUGUAUGGAGGACACCAAGAGCCCAGCUCUCACCACUACAGCACUGCCCACGGUGCCCACCAAUAUAGUGAGGGCAGGCAUUAUGGGGGACACCACGCCACCAGCACCCAGAACCAGAACAGCAAGCACUACCACCAGCACAAGGUCGUUCUACACCAUCAUCACCAUUAA